GCGAAAAUUAUUUUGAUGGAUUCAAUGGCUGAAAUCUGAGUGAAUAAAAUCAUGGCUGUAGUCACGACAUCCUGUCAGGAAUUGCUUCUGAUAAUUAGUGGACAUUCUGCCAUCAGAGAUAAGGAAUUGAUUAAAGCUGAGCUUGUAAAUGACAAGAAGAAGUUUCUUGAAGGGGUGCUGGUGUUUAAGAAACACAAUGAGGAAUCAGAGAAAAAGCUCAAGGAAGAGAAGGCAAUCAGUGAACUUGAACGCAAGUUUCUUCUACAGGCGUGCAGGUUCUUGGAUCUGGAUGCAUUGCAGUGCAGGGAACUGUUUGAUUUGUAUCUACUCUGUGCAUUCCGAGGAACAGGAAAGCAACUCCAGGCCAUACUGAAAAAUGAAAGAAGUGUUCAAGCCAUGCUGCUUAAACUUUGGGAGUUCUACCAUGCAGACAGACUCCAUCUCCUUCAAUGCAUCAAGCACUUGGCCAAUUUCUGGCAAGACACAGAACACCCAUACCAGGCCCAGUAUGCAGACUUUGUGGAGGAACUACAAAGCAAGGGUCUGUUUGAUAAACUCCUAGCCCAGUAUAAAGACCGGUUCAGUUCUCCUGCCCCUACGAAGGAUAAGGCUGGUCAGUUGAUGACGGACAGACACAGGAUACGAUGGUGUAUACAGAGUCUUCAUGAACAGAGUGAACUUCUAGGAAUCAUCUUGCUGUUCUUACAUGCCUCUCUGACUCCAAUGGAUAAGCUCUUAACAAUCAUCAACCUUUUCCAGCAACAAGGUUUUGGUACAAGACAACCCUACAGACAUCUACUAGAUGCUGAAGAAAUGGCUCAAAAACUCACCAACAAGAUUGAGUUCUUAUGCUGUGUCAUAGUACUGGAAUGCAUGGACCUGUUUCCACUGAUGGGUCUUACAGAUAAAAGCAGUAUUGAGAAUCAUCCUCUUAUUGCCAAUGAAAAGUUGUCCAAGGAGUUUUCCAGUGCCGUCCAGUCUCUUGGUCAAUCACCCAGUCACACCCCUAUCCAGCUGGCCUGGAUGGUCAUCCACACCGCCGCCUGGCCAGGCAAGGACACCGCCCUUGUGAGACGGUUAGGAAACCAGGCUCUGCGGCUCCAUGUCUUCAAGUACCUGACCUUUGGCCUGUCCAAGGCUCUGCCGAAUGACAGCUCGGUUGAAUCGAUGGCUUGCCAUUCUGUCAUCUACUCUCUGAUGACUGUUGUACUCACUGUGUUUCAAGAAGAUUCACUAGGAGGGGUCCAGGAUUUGGUCCAGUUGUCCUGUCAGCUGCUAUCACAGCCUCAUCUAUGUAGAGAGUUUUGGACUACUGACCUAGACGGAGGCUUUGCAGCCCUGCUUCAAUCAUCGAUGGCUUCCUUCCCUCUAGAGUUCUCUUUGCCAAUGAAAUUCCUCAAGGCGCUGUCUACAGAGGGCAGCAAACAGAUCUACCAGUUAUUAGCUCACCUGCCAGCUUUCACGGAACCCCUCGAUAAUAACCGUAGCUCUGAUAUCGAGACGUCUGCAGGAGAUGACGUUUGGAAGCUGGUCAAUGAUAAGGUUGUGUGCAAAGCAGGCAAGAAUUCUCCUGGAUUUGUGAUCCCAGCAGGAACUCUUGGACAGCUAGAGCAGAGACCAGAUGGUCCCCCUCUCAUCACAUGGGAUGUGGACUACAGUGGUCUUCAGCUAUUCCAGUGUGUCUUAGACUGGCUGAUCAGUGCCGCGCCCACGACAUCACCAUCAGACACCUUGGUACAGCAGGCUAAGGAUGUCAUUGACCUGGUUGAACAGAUGCUGCAGUCUGAUUGGUCAGUCUCAGAGUACCUCCAGCCAAUCACAGACUGUAUACUGCCCCUCAUCUCAAGCUUGGUCCAAAUCCAGAGACCACCUCUGCAUCUGAUAGGUUCAUGUGUCAAGUGUCUCAACACCAUGGCCAAGUAUGACCCUGAGCAGCUUUGGCAAGCACUCCAGAGUACUGGUUUCUUACCCUACACCGGUACACUUUACACACAAGUGGGACAAGCUGCAAGCGGUGAUGGGGUGUUUCCUGGGAGCUAUGGCAAGGUUGCUUUGGAAUGGGAGAAACAGUUUGGUACCUACCCUGUCACACUGGAGUUCAUCAAACUUGUUCACACCCUCAUAGAGGGUCUAGCAUCGAAGAAUGUCAGCAUGGCAACCUCACAAGAUCUUCUUGCCUGCAUCAUCUUCUUGCAACGAGACAUCUUCACAACAUUCCAGAGGUGGCGCUACACAGACUUCAAGGACAAAGAGAAAAUAGGUCUGAGUGUAAUGGAAGUGUUCCAUGUGGUUCUUCAUGUUGUUCCCACAUCACCUGUGUCCAAGAAACCUGUGCUUGGAGAUGAGCAGCCAGAGGGAGUGUCUGUUCGAGAUGCAUGCAUCUAUGGCCUCCUACAUACAGCGGCUGGUCAAUCUCUGCUCACCAUUGCUGCUACAGGGGUGGACACCAUCGAGCAGAAACAGCUAGAAUGUGGAAGUUUCUUGGAUGUUACCCCUGAGAGCCAGCUGGUGAAGCUCUCCCUCUCCAUCCUCAACCGUCUCCUCCUCCUCAAGCCCCAGCAGGAGACCGGCUCCAGGUCCGGCUCUCCGACCCACUCUGCCCCUGAGCAGUGCCCCCUGGAGGUUGCUCUGACCUCCCACUCCACCGGCUUGCCCCACCAGCCUCAUUUAGUCGCUGUGAUAGCGGGGUAUAUCUAUCAUCGGCAGGAUCCGCGGCUUCCGACGCUCGCUGUGCUCCUCCUCAGGAGAUUGGCGCAGGUUGCUCCCAUGUCAUUGUUUGGUUGCCUUGGAAACCAAGCUCCAGCAUUCCGAGAUGCUUUUCUCUUCAGGCUUCAGACUCAUUCAGAGGAUAUUCGGCUCAGGGUUGGUAUUCUAGAGCUCCUGGCAGUGUCAGCAGAGACCCAACCAGGGUUCAGUGAACUAUUCCUCAAUCUCCAACCCAAGAAAGAUGACCCUAAGGGAAAGAAGAAGAAGGAGAAAGGAGCUGAGAAGAAGAGUCCAAAGAAUGAACAGCAGGAGCUUGAAAUUGGGAAGAUCAGUUGCAUCCAUGCUGUGCUUGACAUCUUAGAAGAGUCCAAACAGGGCACCACCCACUCCCCCCCUGAUCUUCACUGUGCUGCCCUAGGGUUCCUCCAAGCUCUCUGGCAGGACAGAAGAGAGACGGCUCUCAGUAUCCUCAGGAAAAGGUCUAAGUUUUGGAGUGAUGUAGCAGCGCCUCUCUUUAAGAACCCUCCUGCACCAGAGCCAGAGUCACAGGUAACCAGCUCUCUGAUCAAGAUCAGGGCUCAUGCUUUCAGGAUACUGGCACUAGAGUGCUUCCAUGCUGGACAAUCGGGUAUACCGAAAGACUUGGACGAUGUCCUGAAGAAGUUGGAUGAAGAGAACAGAUUCCAGUUCUGGUCCAAGUACGUUGGUGAGGUGCUAGAGGCUUACGCUCCUACAAACGUAGAUGUUGAAGAGUACACGUUGAGAGAACACGAGGGACUGGUCCUGCUUCAGGCUUGGAGGACGGUCUUAGUGGUAGCUGCAUCACAGAAGUUCAAAGCCUUGUCCAUCAAUGAAACUGCCACACAAUCCACCAUCCUCAAUGACUUGGUUGCUGCUAUCCACAAACAAGCCCAGAACCUGGACUCUAUCUUCAACGCCAAGGCUCUCGCUCUGCUCUCAUCUGUCUACCUCACGCUGGUCACCAGAUGGAAGUGCAAUCUAAGUGGUCAAUGGUCCAAGGUCAAGCUCCUGGUAGGCACACUGGAGGCCAUUCUUGCCUCGGAGGACACGCCCCUAUUGAGGCGUUGCCAGGCAGCCAUGAUGGGAGCCCUUACCAAUGUCUUAAGACACAGGCGUCUGAAACAAACUAAGGAUAAGGAGGGUAUUGAGCUAUCGCUGAUGGAGAGACUCCUACCUCCAAUCUGUGUAGCAUUACAGCACAGCAAGACCUAUCACAAGCCCCCCAAGUCAGUCCCUCAACCUCCUACCCAGGAAGUUGCCUUAGACAUCACCAUGGAAGACCUUGACAGGACUGGUGCAGCUGAGGAGCUAGUGCUUCGAAGUCAAGGGGACAAGGUUACCAAGGCUGCAAGUACUGCUCCGAUACAGCUUCCAGUGAUAGCUGCAUAUCUGUUGGAUGAGGUUCUGUUGAGUCAAGCUGACCAUGCAGACCAGUGGAUGCCUCUGAUCAGGGAACAGAGCGUUGUAUCGCUACUCCUUAGCACUCUCCAAGCAUGCUUACAGGCAAAGAAGGGCUUGCAUUAUGUUGAGGCUGUGAUGGUACUUCUCAAAGAUCUAGCAGCCAUUCCACCGACUGCUGAAGCAGUACGUAUCACUGGGUACAUCCAGCACACAUGUCUAUCUCUAGUAUGGCUCCAUGAAAACGUCAGUGAACAGGACUAUACAUGGAGCAAGAAGACAAAGGGUGAGAAACCAGACGGCACGUCUUGGCUGACCAUCUAUGUAGAGUCCAUCUCAGUGACCGCUACCCUUCUGGCCACACUCAGUCAUGCCUUCUUGACCGACGCACUGGACUUCUUUGGAGUUCAUCGUGAGAGGAUGAUGAAGUGUCUGGAGUCGGUGUACCUUCUUCAGAGCCCCCUCCAGCUGGAGGAGGCGCAGGCUACCACCUCCCUGGUAUACCAGCUGGCUCAUCACACCCGUCAGUGGAGGUUCAACAUGCCUGCUGAACUAGCCCUGCUGCAGGAGACCCUAGCAAGGCUCACACAGAGCUGUGUGGCGCUUCUCAUAAGGCCCAGGCUACUGCAGCACAUGCUAGAGAUGAAGACGAAUGCCAAGGACGCCAGUCAGAGCCAACCCUUAUCCCAAGUAAUGCAAAAGGUACCUAGGAGGUUACUACAACACCAGGUCUCAACCGACCAAUCAGAUGCCAGUAUUAGUGACGAUGCUCAAGAAGUGCAGUCCAGACUUCUAGUUAUCAUGAGCAGAACGUUAGCUUCAUUCCGCCUCUUCAGUCCAGAUCUUCUAGAAUCACUUCUCAACCAGAGUCUUGACGUGUCCGAAUAUCCAAUGCUCUACUGCCUUGGCUUCAGCACUCCCUCUCUUGACCAAAAAACACCAGCUUCAUUUGGAACGCUCAUCUCAUGCAUUAACUGGUGCCUUCAAAUGCUACCAAAGCUGGAUGUUAAUAAAUCACCCAUGAAGGUGUUAGAUCAGAAACCUGCUGCUUCCCCCUCAGAUGCAAAGACCAUGCAAAGGCCAGUGCUGUUAUUUGUUCUUGAGAAUGCUGUUCAUCUGAUCAUGGCUCAGGGGAUGAGGACGUUCAGGGAUCCAGCUGUACCGACCAGAGAUAGGCAACUACUCAAAAGAGAACUCGGUUCAGAAUUGAAUACAUUCCUGAUCAGUCUACAGAGGUAUUUCCGGCGGGGCAAGCCUGGCUCUCCGUCCGAUGCAAGCCCCGGAACCUCCUCUGCCCGUCUUGCCACUGGCUCCGCAACUUCUGUGAUGACCAAGGCCUCCCUCAAUGCUGCAUUCACAGAAGCCAAGGAGCAACUCUUCUUUAAGGUCGUCCAGAUCUUUGUCAUACAGCUGAGUAAAUGAUGUCAAGAUCAUAUGUGAAUGGGCUCCCCUGAUUGUGGAUCAAAUACGUUGAACCAUAUCUGACCAGGCUAAAGGGUCGCAUUUUGUUUUCUUAACAAAACUUGGACACUAAACACUCCAGUAAGCCGGAAAACAAACAUUGACACCCUGUCGUCAAAAUCUGUCUCUUCCACAUUAAUCGACUACCGGUAUUGAUUUUUUUUUCUCUAGAAUUUAAGAGAAUUUAAGUGAAUAUUUCAUGUGAAUUAGAGAUCUAUUUUCUUACAUUAUUCAUAACAUGUCUUGGAAAAUAUGGAUCAAAGCUAUGCAAUGCUAUUCACAUAUUUUGUGAAACCAGAAUUAGUUUCUGUUCUACUAUAUAUUCUGUGUUUACCUUUCAUUGUAAAUGACUGAAAAUCCUUUCCACUUUAUGGUAUUACAAAUUACUGCUACUGAUGUGGAACGAGUGGAUAUUCAAGGAUGCAUUUUCAAAUAUCGAUACAUUUGUUUUUGCUUGUAUAAUAGUUCUGAAUGGUAAGAUACAGAGGCUGUGUUUCUUCAUGCAGAUUUUGAAAUCUAUGAGGAGGAUCAUUUGACUGUAAGUGUGGCUUACAUGUAUUUCAAACAAUUUAAUGAAAAAGACUAUUUCUCUUAAAAGGUAUUUAUUCAAUUUUAAAAGUACACCCAUAAAUUCAGUGUCCAACAACACUACAUGUACUUUUUUGCUUCUAAGUAGAUAUUCUAAUUUGUAUGAAUUUUUCUUGUAAUUUUUUCUAUUUGAAGCGUAUAGGGACAUGCUAUCCUGUAAUGUGUUGUGCACUAUAAAAGAACCGAGUAUUACUAUUAUUAUUAUUUUUUUAAUUUUAAGAAUGGUGUAGGAAUACGUCUCCUUUCUGCUGGAUAAGACAAGAAUUUUCUGAUAAAAUUAUAAAUGCCUUUAAAUUAAGCAGCCUGGCAUAAAGUGUGGAAAAAGAAGCUUCACCACACAACGUUGUCAAACAUUGGGCAUGUAACCCCUACCCCCAUCUACUGACUAAUGCAGGAAGGUGGAGGGGGAGGGGAGGGCAUAGAGAACCCCCGCCCCCUUUUCAGAUAUUCUGUCCCCCAAAACAGUUGACCUGUUGCGUACCAAUGGGUACCAGGUGUGCUAUGUAUUAACUCUAUUUGGAAAUACAAACUCUGGGAGGGAACGGGUUAAGGCAAAUACAAAUACAUAUUAGAACCACAUUCAGUUAAAUCCGACAAGUUUAAAGAAGCAUUUUAGAUGAUGCACUUGAGUGUCCCGUAAAGAGAAUGACUACAGCAUAUUAAAAACCGCUUCACAGUGUAAUGGUUGGAAAUGAACAGUGUUAAAUCCUUUUUUUUUUCUUUUUUGUUAUUAUGAUAUUUUGUGCACUGUCUCAUGUAUCUCAAUAUUAUUAUUUUUCAUUUGUUAAUUGAUUUUGUGAUGGAAUAGAUUUUUUGAAAGCAUUAUUUCACCUUGUAUAUGAAGAUGGCCUAACUUUUAGUCACUGUUACAUUGACAAAAAUUGAAGCCACGACAUGUUGAAUUCAAUGUGAACUGAACAUUUGUAUAGCAUUCUCUUUUGGUCAGUGACAGGUAUAUGGAGUUUAACUCUAUGAUCCUUUCAAUCCCAUUAAGUUAUUGUGUUUGCCUAUUUACAAAGAUGUUUUUGUUUAUAUAUGUCAGAUAAUCCUUGAGCUAAUGUUUAUUUUUGAUCAUUGAAAGUGACCUUGAGAUGGAGGUGUAUGAAACAAUAUUCAUAUACCAGGGGAGUGCUUCACACAGAUCCUAAGUUAAACUUAUCUAAAAGUUGAGACUCAACAAUUAUGGAAAGCCGUUGGCAUCUAUGAAAAUAUUUUGUAAAAGUUAUUUAAA